UCUGACGAACCUGGGACCUCAGCCUGCCCCAAUGGCCAUUUCCACUGCACCAAUGCUGGGUACCGACCCCAGAACAUCCCCUCUGCCCACGUCAAUGAUGGCGUCUGUGCCCCCCUUCCAUGCUGCUGCCCCUGAUGCUGGUCCCCCCCCCGGAUGCUGUGGAGGUGACGUGGCCCUGCGGCGUCUCACUGAGCAACCAUCACUUCUGAGGAAUCCCAGCCUUUCACCUGCCUGGACGGUUCCUCCACCAUCGCCUUCAAGUGGGUCAAUGACGACUAUUGCGACUGUCGCGACGGCUCUGACGAACCUGGGACCUCAGCCUGCCCCAAUGGCCAUUUCCACUGCACCAACGCUGGGUACCGACCCCAGAUCAUCCCCUCUGCCCACAUCAAUGAUGGCGUCUGUGGAACCCGAGACCCUGGCGGUGAGUGAGAGGCUCUGGGGAAUGGAAGACCUCCCUGCAGUCAGGGAAGAGGUGGUCCGGGAGCGCCCAGGCAGCAGCAAUGUUCACCAAUCCAUGGGAGCCGAUGGGAUGCAUCCACGGGAGCUGAGGGAGCUGGCAGAGCCCCCCUUCCAUGCUGCUGCCCCUGCUGCUGGCGCCCGCAUGGAUGCUGUGGAGGCCAUCACUUCUGAGGAAUCCCAGCCUUUCACCUGCCUGGACGGUUCCUCCACCAUCGCCUUUGAGUGGGUCAAUGACGACUAUUGCGACUGUCGCGACGGCUCUGAUGAACCUGGGCCCUCAGCCUGCCCCAAUGGCCAUUUCCACUGCACCAACGCUGGGUACCGACCCCAGAACAUCCCCUCUGCCCACAUCAAUGAUGGCGUCUGUGACCAUCACUUCUAUGAGGAAUCCCAGCCUUUCACCUGCCUGGACGGUUCCUCCACCAUCGCCUUCAAGUGGGUCAAUGACGACUAUUGCGACUGUCGCGACGGCUCUGACGAACCUGACCAUCACUUCUAUGAGGAAUCCCAGCCUUUCACCUGCCUGGACGGUUCCUCCACCAUCGCCUUUGAGUGGGUCAAUGACGACUAUUGCGACUGUCGCGACGGCUCUGACGAACCUGCCCCCCUUCCAUGCUGCUGCCCCUGCUGCUGCCCCCCCCCGGAUGCUGUGGAGGUGACGCGGCCCUGCGGCGUCUCACUGAGCAACCAUCACUUCUAUGAGGAAUCCCAGCCUUUCACCUGCCUGGACGGUUCCUCCCUCAUCGCCUUCCAGUGGGUCAAUGACGACUAUUGCGACUGUCGCGACGGCUCUGACGAACCUGGCAGGAGAAGCAUUGCAGAGAUGCCCAACAAAAUCAGCCUACAAGAACCGCUGGCCAUCACGGCUUCACCACAGCUGGAGUGGUGUGAGAUGUUUUCUGAAAGGAUCUGGCGCCUGUCAUUAAAAAUACAGCCUGGGAUGUAAGCUGGCAAAGCAGAGCAGAUGUGCAGUUUGUGACUGCGCUUCAGUUCGAUGGGCUUUGAAAGCUGCGUGCUCCAUGCCCUGAACCUCCCACUCUGCUCAGUGCUGCACAUACAGCUGUGCAUUUCGCUCCUCGGUUGGACUCCGCCAUAAAGAAAGAAACGCUGUUAGACUGGCUGUUCAGAAAUGGAAUGGGGCUUGAAUUGAGCAGCAAAGUCUGUUCGGUUCCACGCUAGGGCUGCUUGAUCUCACUGCCCAUGAAGUCACACUCGUGUCUGAACCAACCUCCACAUUUCAGUGGCAGUACCAGCAAUCAGGGGCUUAUUUCAUUGCUCAGGACAGUUUGCUGCUCCCGUGGCCCUGGGAGGAUAAUUAGGUUCAUCACAGUGAGCGCACAGGAGGGCCGUUUUUUAUCUGCGCAUCUUUCGACUCCUGAAAUCCUGAAAGAGCUGACGUUGAACUUUAAUGAAUGCCAUUGGAAAUAA